AUGCUCGGUUUCCGUCCCCAGCUCAAGUCCCGGCCCUCUCUUCUCGAGCUUGUAUCCAGCACCGCGAACCUCGCUGUCCAGCGCCCCCAGACUCCAUCGCACUCCGAGCUUGACGAGGACGACGACCGUCCAGCACCCUACGAGGUCCCACUUCCCGACUCGCCCCAGUACACGCGCUCCCGACAACCCAUCCGCUUCAGAACUCUGCCCGCUGACGCCCGCCCGCCUGCAGACUCCAACAUGCCGCCCAAGAACCAGCGUAAGGUCCAGGAAGCCGGCGAAGAGCAGUAUGGCUCCGUCUUCUCCGUUUCCGGUCCCGUCAUCAUCGCCGAGAACAUGAUUGGCUGUGCCAUGUACGAACUGGUCCGCGUCGGUCAUGAUAAGCUGGUCGGUGAAGUCAUUAGAAUCGACGCCGACAAGGCUACUAUUCAGGUCUAUGAGGAGACUGCUGGUGUCACUGUCGGCGACCCUGUCGUCCGCUCUGGAAAGCCUCUCUCUGUCGAGCUCGGCCCCGGUCUGAUGGAAACCAUUUACGAUGGUAUCCAGCGUCCCCUCCGCAGCAUCUCCGAUGUCUCCAACAGCAUCUAUAUUCCCCGUGGCAUUGACGUGCCCGCGCUGGACCGCCAGAUCAAGUGGGACUUUACCCCCGGAAGCCUCAAGGUUGGCGAUCAUAUCACUGGUGGUGAUGUUUUCGGUGCCGUCUUCGAGAACUCCCUCCUCAGCGAGCACAAGAUCCUCCUGCCCCCCAGGGCGCGUGGUACCAUUACGCGCAUCGCCGAGAAGGGCAGCUACACCGUGGAUGAGAACAUUCUGGAGGUUGAGUUUGACGGCAAGAAGACUGAGUUCAGCAUGAUGCACAACUGGCCCGUCCGUGUGCCCCGUCCCGUCAACGAGAAGCUGUUCUCGGACUCGCCGCUGGUUGUCGGUCAGCGUGUGCUGGACGCUCUGUUCCCCAGUGUCCAGGGCGGCACCGUUUGCAUUCCCGGUGCUUUCGGCUGCGGCAAGACUGUCAUUUCGCAGAGUUUGUCCAAGUUCUCCAACAGUGACAUCAUUGUCUACGUCGGAUGCGGCGAGCGCGGUAACGAGAUGGCCGAAGUCCUGAUGGAUUUCCCCGAGCUUACUAUUGAUGUUGGCGGCCGCAAGGAGCCCAUCAUGAAGCGCACUACCCUUAUCGCCAACACCUCCAACAUGCCUGUCGCCGCAAGAGAAGCCUCGAUUUACACCGGCAUCACUGUCGCCGAGUACUUCCGUGACCAGGGCAAGAAUGUUGCUAUGAUGGCUGACUCCUCCUCUCGUUGGGCCGAGGCCCUUCGUGAGAUCUCUGGUCGUCUUGGUGAGAUGCCUGCUGAUCAGGGUUUCCCCGCCUAUCUUGGUGCCAAGCUGGCGUCCUUCUACGAGCGUGCCGGCCGUGUGACUGCGCUUGGUAGCCCUGACCGCAAUGGCAGUGUCAGUAUCGUUGGAGCUGUCAGCCCGCCUGGUGGUGAUUUCUCGGACCCUGUCACCAGCAGCACUCUUGGUAUCGUGCAGGUCUUCUGGGGUCUUGAUAAGAAGCUGGCUCAGCGUAAACACUUCCCUUCGGUCAACACGUCCGCUUCCUACAGCAAGUACACCACCUCUCUCGAGAAGUAUUACCAGGAGCACAACCCCGACUUCCCUCGCCUGAGUGCCAAGAUCAAGGAGCUGCUCUCGACUUCGGAGGAUUUGGACCAGGUCGUGCAGCUUGUCGGAAAGUCUGCGCUGGGCGACUCGGAUAAGAUCACGCUGGAUGUGGCCACUCUCAUCAAGGAAGAUUUCCUGCAGCAGAACGGUUACAGUGACUACGACCAGUUCUGCCCGCUGUGGAAGACGGAGUGGAUGAUGAAGGCCAUGAUGGGCUUCCACGACGAGGCACAGAAGGCGGUCGCGCAGGGCCAGAGCUGGUCCAAGAUCAGGGAGGCGACGUCGGACAUCCAGACACAACUGAGGAGCAUGAAGUUCGAAGUGCCGAACGAGGGUGAGGAGAAGAUCACAAAGAAGUACGAGGAGCUGUACCAGAAGAUGCAGGAGAAGUUUGCAUCCGUGACCGACGAGUAG